AUAGAAACAGAGUAGUCAUUAUCCGAUUCCUUUGAUUCCCGUUUGGCUAGGUUUGACAAAGUGAAGAUUUUCUAGGGUUUAGGGUUUAGUCUCGGCACUUACAUUCCUACCGGUGAGCUAGGGGUUUUGAAUACGAAGAUAUGGACAAGAUCAUUGGGUUUUCUGAUGAUGAAUUGCUCGUGAAGAUCUUAUCGUUUCUUCCAACUAAAGAUGCGGCAAGCACAAGCAUUUUGUCGAAGCAUUGGAAGUUUCUUUGGAUGCGGGUGCCAAAAAUUGACUUCAACGAGAUGAGCAUGUAUUCUUUAGUAUCUUUCUGUCAAUAUAUCAUCUUAGAGGAGGAUAAGAGAAGAGACUAUUUAAGCAAGUCUGGAAAAAGCCAUAUGAUGCGGCGUUUUAUUGACAGGAAUCUGCCAUUACAUAGCUCUCCGGUCAUAGAGAGCUUGCGUCUCGAGCUUUUCACUGAGGCGUUUCAACCUGAAGACAUCAAACAGUGGGUUGAAAUUGCAAUCUCUCGUUGCAUUGAGGAGCUAAGCGUUGCUUUUUCUAGUUUCAAUGGAAUAAUUAAUGCAGUCAUGCCGAGUAGCUUGUAUACUUGCAAAUCACUUGUGACGUUGAAACUAAAAAAACACAUUCUCGUGGAUGUUCCUCAUGCUUUUUGCCUCCCCUCCUUGAAAACUUUGCACCUUCGACGUGUGAUAUACGCAGAUGAAGAAUCUCUUCAACGGCUUUUAUCUAAUUCCUCUGUUUUGGAAGAUCUUGUUCUGGAACUAUGUCCUGGUGACAAUGUGAGAAAGUUUGCUAUUAUCAUCCCGUCAUUGCUUAGUUUAUCCUUUGACAUAUCUGCUCAGUGUACUUCUGAUGGGUAUAUCAUAGAUACUCCUUCUUUGAAGUAUUUCAAAGCUUUAGAUAGAAGUGAUAGUACUUCUACUUCCACAUGUUUUAUUGUGAAGAAUAUGCCUAAGCUGGAGGAGGCACAGGUAUGUGUUGGUCACAAUGUCAAGAAGCUUCUCCAAGCUGUCACAUCUGUCAAGCGUCUUUCACUGUUGGUAGAAGACAACAACAGUGCAGAGGCUGUAUAUGGUGAUGAUUUUGUCUUCAAUAAGCUUGAGCAUCUGUAUUUUCAUAUCUAUGGGACAUUUUGGUCCAAGUUACUAUUCCAAUUGCUCAAUGCUUCUCCCAAACUACGAGACUUCACUUUCAAUGAUGAUCUUCUUACAUAUGAUGGUAUUAUGGGUGCAUCGGUUUGCUGGAAGCAACUGAAAUUGUCGAGUCUCCAGACUUUCAAGUGGUUAGGUUGCCAUAGAUCCGUAGAAGGGAAAGAUCUGGCGACAUAUAUCUUUAGAAAUUCUUGCUUAUUGAAGACUGCAACAAUCUCGCUCCCAGAAACGAAUCUUGAGCUGGAGACGGAGGUGAACUUUUGGUUCCGUGGUUCACCCACAUGCAACCUUGUAUUCACUGAAGACUCGGACUAUGGUGAAAGAAAUCUUUGGUGGCAAUCUAUUUAAGUUUUUGUUGCAUUUGAUUUUAGAUGAUUUUAUCGAGGAAUUAGCCAACCUGUUAUUGUGCUAACUUAAACUAUAAUCAUAAGAGCAAGAGUCA